GGCCACUGCGUCUGGUGGACCCGCUGGUGACCCCCUGCCAAGUGACAGAUGGGCUCGGGGUUCGAAUGUCUGCCUGCUUCUCCCUGAGUGUAACUGACAGCCUGCCUGACUUUCUGUCUGCCUGUCUGUCUGCCUGUCUGUCUGCCUGGCUGGCUACCUGCCUGUUCGCUUCACUUCUGCUGUGCCCAUUUCACUUCUCUUGUCUGUCUGUCUGCCUGACUAGCCCUUGUCUGCGGUCUGUCCAUCCCUGUACCUCCGAUCUGUCCCUGCCCCGCAAUGACUGCCUUUUGUCCAUGUGUGACCUCUUCGGGAUGUGACUGACCAUUGCGUGGCCUGCCUGCCCAGAGCCCAGCUUCCGUCUGCCUAGGUGUCAGGUCAUAUGCUUAUAUGGUCCGUGACUCAGGUCGGCUGUGGAUUCCCAUCCUAGCCCCCGCCUGUCUCUUGGACCCUCACCUCCCACCACACGGAACCCAGCUGCCGCCGCUGGGAGCCCCCUGGAUUGCCCUGGACACACAGGAUGGAUUUCUGAGGAUGAAGCUAGAAAGCAGGCCCCCGGGAGCCAGAAUGCUGCGUGGCUGGGCCGCCCCCCUGCUCCUGCUGAUGCUCCAAGCCGCCUGGGGUUGCUCGGACCUCGUCUGCUACACCGAUUACUUCCAGACGGUCACCUGCACCCUGGAGACCUGGGCCCUCCACCCCAGCACGCUCACCCUCACCUGGCAAAUCCCGGACGAAGAGGCCACCUCUUGCAGCCUCCACCAGGCCAGCCACAAUGCCACGCAUGCGAAGUACACGUGCCACAUGGAGGUGUUCCCCUUCAUGGCCGAUGACAUUUUCAGUGUCAACGUGACAGACUCCUCUGGCAACCACUCCCAAGAGUGCGGCAGAUUUGUCCUGGCUGACAGCAUCCAGCCGUGUCCUCCUUCCAACGUCACGGUGGCCUUCUCGGGGAACUACGACAUCUCUUGGAGCUACCAGCACGACUGGUACGCGCUCAAGGGCAAACUUCAGUACGAGCUGCAGUACCGGAAGCGGGGAGACCCCCAGACUAUGAGUCCGAGGAGAAAGCUGGUCUCCGUGGAUUCAAGGAGAGUGUCCCUCCCCCCCUUGGAGUUCCACGCGGGCUCCAGCUACGAGCUGCAGGUGCGGGCGGGGCCCCAGCCCGGCUCUUCCUUCCGGGGGACCUGGAGUGAGUGGAGUGACCCAGUCGUCUUUCACACGCAGCCGGAAGAGACCAAGGGCGGCUGGAACACCGACCUGCUGUAUGUCUCCCUGGUCCUCACGCUCCCCGUCCUCGUCUACUUAGGCCUCAAGAUCCACCUGCCCUGGAGGCUGUGGAAGGUGUGGGCGCAGGUGCCCAGCCCAGAGCCAUUCUUCCAGCACCUGUAUGUGAGCCACAGCGGAGACUUCAAGAAAUGGGUGGGCACACCCUUCACUGCCUCCAGCCUGGAGCUGGGCCCCGGGAGCGCAGGGGUGUCCUCGACCCUGGAGACGCACAGCUCCUGCCCGCCUCUGAGUGCGGCCCAGGGGCUGGAGGCCACGCUGCUGCCCGGGCCUGUGGGGCUGCUGCCGGAAGCCGGUGGGGUGCCCGAGCCGGGCCCCGUGGCCAGCUCCGCGUACAACCCGGAGGGGGACCGGCCGUAUGGUGUGGUCUCAAUAGACACGGUGACCGUGGUGGAUGCUGAGGAGCCGGGCGCCUGGCCCUGUACCUGUGGGGAAGACGGCUACCCAGCCCUGAACCUGGACGCUGACCCGGAGCCUGGCCCGGGCACUGAGGACCCGCUCCUGGACACUGGGGCCACCGUCCUGUCCUGUGGCUGCGUUGCAGCUGGUGGCCAUGCAGGGCUGGGGGUCCCCCUGGGCAGCCUCCUGGACAGACUAAAGCUGCCCCAUGACGACGAGGCGAGCUGGGCGCCAGGGCCGCCUUGGGGCGGUGGGUCGUCCAGAGGGAUGUCUGAGGGUGAGGCGGGCUCACCCUCCGCUGGCCUGGACAUGGACACGUUUGACAGCGGCUUUGCAGACUCUGACUGUGGCAGCCCCGUGGAAUGUGACUUCGCUGGCCCCAGGGAUGAAGGGCCCCCCAGGAGCUACCUCCGCCAGUGGGUGGUCAUGGCCCCUCCGCCUGCAGGACCUGGGCCCCAGGCCAGCUAGUGAGGCUGACUGGCUGUUGCGAAUUGGCCGUGGCACUGGGCCACGAGACGUGGCCACCGGGCUGUGGUGUGUGGAGGCCUGCAGCCUUGGUCUCCCCGACGGGGCUGUGAGCCUGGCGUUUAUGCUGUGUGGGGCUCAGGAGCACACUGGUGUGUCUGUGUGUGAACACGCAUGACUAUGUGCACACGUGGCAGUCCACCUCCCUGCCAGGUGCAUGGGUGGCCCCUGGGUCACAUGCUGAGAGUCUGGCCCAGUGCUGCCGCAGGGCCUCCCGGGACCAGGGACAGACAGCAGACCCCGGCCUCCAGGUGCUGUGCCCCUCGGAGGCACGAGAAACCCUUAUUGUUCCGUAUCACACGUCAGGUGGGAAGAUGAGGGGACAGUAUGAGCCGAGUGCCCGUGUCUGCUGGGGUUUCCUGUCUGGACCAUGUGGAUGGCAUGACCAUGUGGAUGGCACGGACAGUCAGUGAAGUCACCCAUCUAGGGUGCAGCCCAGAGACCCUCAAUAAAUGUCAGCUUCCUUCUGCGGUGGGACCCAGGCGUGUGCUGGAGGCCGGUGGGGGCGAGAG